AGUCAUAGGCAUUUCCGGUUUUAUGUUGAUUAAUUUCCGAAUAAAUUAUCUGUAAAUAUUCUGAUAAUUUCCUCUUAGUUUUAGCUCUGAUUAAAGUGGCAACAUGUCAGACAGAAAGGCAGAGUUGGAGCGGAAGAAACAGAGGCUUGAGAUGAUGCGGAAGGAGAGGGCGGAGAAGGAAAGGAGAAAAAUGACACAUCAGCCAGAAGCAGAUACAAAAGCAAAACCUAACACGACUGUUCAGUCUGCUGACGACUUAUUGAAAGAUCUUGGAAUUCCACUAGCAGACAGUGGAGAAAGAGCUGGCUCAGAUAAGGGAAGUGACUCUACCGAGGGAAGCAAGGAACCAACUCCCCACCCCACACCAACAAAAGUUAGGGCAAAGACAGUGAAACUUGCAGUUGCCCGUGUGUCUGAGACCAACAUCCCACCAAGAGAAAAUGUCACAUACUCCAAAGAGACCCAGACCCAGGGCUUGGAGCCCAUUGAUCGAGAUGGACAUGGUCUUUAUCGACAUCUGAAAGGACCAUGGGACUACUACGUUCUUACUUUUGACGAUGAUCGGCGAACAGAUGAUGACCAGGAGCCGGAUACGGACUCCGGGGAGAUCUCCUUGGGGGCGGGGCAACACAAGAUGCCGCAUGUUGAGAUGGUCGCUCCAGCUCAUACGCACGAGGAUGAAACACCAGCCGGUCACAUAUUUAGUCAAGUCCCCAGAAAAUGGAGCUUUCACCAAGGGACAGCACUCACAGGAGCCCCCAAAGUGAAGGAAAUGAGUGAGGAUGAAAAGAAUUCGAUAUUGGUGAGCGAAGAUUUCCGGUACUUCAUUGACCACACGUCGCGUGUCAUAGAGAGAGCUUUAGAUGAGGUGGCUGUUGAUUUCGACUACAGCAGGACAGGAGAUGACGAUCUUGCUAACCAGAACCUGGCAGGAGAGAGGCUUAAACUGAACCGGGAGUUUUUUGACGAGCGUUGGUCCAAACAUCGGAUUGUCACAAGCAUGGAUUGGUCAACUCAGUUUCCUGAGUUACUGGUAGCAUCUUACAGUGCUAACGAAGAUGCUCCUCAUGAUCCGGAUGGCGUGGCACUCAUCUGGAAUUCCAGAUUCAAAAAGUCUACGCCUGAGUAUGUCUUCCAUUGUCAGUCAGCAGUGAUGUCAACCUGUUUCGCCAAGUUCCAUCCAAAUCUGGUGGUGGGAGGUACAUACUCCGGCCAAAUUGUUCUCUGGGACAACAGAGUACUUAAACGCACGCCUAUACAGAGAACUCCACUUUCCGCCUCUGCACAUACCCACCCAGUAUAUUGUGUGAACGUAGUCGGUACCCAGAAUGCCCACAAUCUGAUCAGUGUGUCGACCGACGGCAAAAUGUGCUCCUGGUCGCUCGAUAUGCUCUCACAACCACAGGACUGUAUGGAGCUUCAGUACACACAGACAAAAGCAGUGAACGUGACAAGUUUCUCCUUUAUGUCCGGGGAUGUGAAUAACUUUGUGGUUGGAAGUGAGGAUUGUACAGUGUACACUGCAUGUAGGCAUGGAAGCAAAGCAGGUAUUAGUGAGUCAUUUGAAGGCCACCAAGGUCCUAUAACCGGUAUUGACUGCCACAAAGUAGCGGGUCAGAUUGACUUCUCUCCAUACUUUCUGACCUCCUCAUUUGACUGGACCAUCAAACUAUGGAGUAUUAAGGACCGUAAAUUCAUCCAUUCCUUCGAGGACAACAGUGACUAUGUAUACGACGUUCAGUGGUCGCCAAUCCACCCGGCCGUGUUUGCGAGUGUGGACGGAAUGGGACGUCUGGAUCUGUGGAAUCUAAACCAAGAUACAGAGGUCCCAUCAGCCUCCAAUGUACUGGACACAGGUGCUGCCCUGAACCAUCUGCGCUGGCACCAGAACGGUCACAUGAUUGCUGCAGCUGAUGACAUGGGCCAUAUCUACUUGCAUGAUGUUGCUGAGAGUUUUGCCAACCCGAAAUCAGAUGAGUGGUCGAGAUUUGUUCAUACGUUACAAGAAUUGAAACAGCAUGCCGCGGAGAGGGAGGAAGACACUGCAUUAUCAGGCAUAGGAUCGCCGAUGCGAUGACGCCUCUGACGAGUGAAUUAGUGCAGAUUGUUUAAUUUUGUGAGGGUCUUAUAUUUGUUAUUUUUUCUUUAUUGAUCGACUCUUUUAAAAUUUCUGAUGGUUGACAUUUGCCAGUUUUUGUAAAUUGACCAUCGACUGAAACCUAGCAAAUUAUUUGUUGCUUAAUGAGAUAACAAAUGCAUCACAAAUUUUAAACUUCACCAAACUAGUCAGCACCAAAAAAUCACGAAUAAGGGACCUUACGAAAUUAAAUUAAUCUACAACAGUGUAUUUAUUGUUGAUGUGCUGUGCUUUUGGGAAGGAUAUAGCUUUUCAUAUGCCUGACUCGAACUCUUUUUUAUUGAAGUUGUUCAUUUUGUUUUGUCAUGAUCAAAGAAUUAGGAGCGAUGAUUUCUGAAAUAUGAGUAACAAUGUUAAACAUGUAUAUUUGUUAUAAAGUAUAUAUUAUGUCAUUUUGUGCAAGUUUCGUUAUUGGAUUUUGAAAAAAUACAACUCAAUGUAUUUUGUUGCAAAUUCAACAGAAGAAUAUAUUUCACAAAACGAUUGGUAUAUCAUCAUUCUGUACCAUGUUAGAGAGUGGCUUCUGUGUUUUUUCUUUAAUAAACUCCAACAUUGCAAUGGUAACAAGUAGGCAGAGCUAACUGUUCCAUAAAUAUUGUGCAGAAAAAUAACAAUGCUAUUCACUUAUAUGCAUGCUAGUUAUUGAAUGUUGCCCUUGACAACAUGGUUCAAACCAUUUUAUUCACCCACUUAUUACUUUCAAAUUAUACUUUUGUGCUGAAGGGCUUUUGAAUUUUUCACUAACUCUUAUUUUAGGGUGCAGUAACUAUUAAUUUAAGAAGCUAACUAGUGAUUAAGUCUUCCAUUACAUUUUAGAUAUAGCAAUGUGGACAUUUUCAUUAAAAAAAAUCAGAAGUCCAACCAAUAAACAUCCUUGUUUCCCUGCUUUACUGGAAAUAUAAUCUGCUGUUAAGUACACUCAAUGACUUUAAUUAGUGCUACCUUCUAUUGCAAAAACCAUCAGGGCUGGAAAAAUGUGUUCAAAGAUUUUCAUUCUCACAGGCCACUGUCUUAAACCCCGCACCAAUGUUUUUUUUAUUAGAGAAAAAAAAACUGCCAUAGCGUAAAAUGGUCGACGGCAUUGGGAAACAGUUCCAUAAAGUAAAUAUUCCGCAUAUUUCUUGGAAAUAUAAAAAAAAAGUGCACACUUGCCUCUAUUUUUUUAAUCUGAUGAGAAUUUAGAAUUGUUUUCCUCUGGCCUUUGUGAUUAUGUAUGUAAGAGCUUGCUCUGAUGCCUUGUCCUAACUUGUGCAAUAAAAUGUCUUAACUGUGCUACCAGUAUGAAAUAAAGGUAUCAAAUUCAA